AUCGAAGUCAUCAGUGGGUCAUCCAAGAUGGCGGCCACCCGUUCACGGAAAGUCGUAGAGUUGUUUUACGACGUGAUUUCUCCUUAUUCCUGGGUCGCUUUUGAGGUGCUUUGCAGGUACCAGAUGAGAUGGAACAUAGACCUGCAGCUCCGACCUUUCUUCAUAGGGGGCGUUUUUAAGGAGACUGGUAACAAACCGCCUGGCCUUGUGGCGGCAAAAUACGCCUACGUUCAACACGAUCUGAAGAGACUAGCGGACUUUUACAAGAUCCCAGUAAAGAUGCCCCCCAUGGAGAGACUGAUGAAGAGAGAGAACGUGAACUCUAACCGCCUGCUCACAGCCGUGAACCUGGACUGUCCGGAACACCUGGAGAAUCUGUCCAGAGAGCUGUGGAUGCGAGUGAUGUCACGUGACCAGGACAUUUCCCAGCCGGCUAGCCUGGAAACCGCAGCCACGGCUGCAGGCAUCCCGUCAGACACGACCCCACAGCUCCUCAGUAGAAUCAAUGAUGACGACGUGAAAGCCGCACUGAAGGCUACGACAAAUCAGGCGUUGUCUUACGGGGCCUUUGGUGCCCCCACCAUACUGGCACACGUGACGGAGACUCCCGUCAUGCUUUGGGGGUCGGACAGGUUUCCGCUGCUGGCGCACAUUCUGGGGGAACAGUGGGAGGGGCCUCUCACAGAGAUGGCUAAAUAUUGAACAGAAAACAAACUAACAAACAACGGAUGCUACCAGCAGGGAUAUGCCACUCAGAGAAAUGACUGUGUACCUUAAUGAAUUGUGGAAAUAGAAUAAAUCUAUAAGAUAAAGAUGUUUCCACUCACGUGGCUAUGACGUAAGUACUGACGUCCGCCAUAUUGGAUGGUUACAUUUAGAAAUUGCUAAAUUGUUUCACGAGAAGCGUUGAUCUACAGUAGUCAUACUUAGAUGUUGCGAACGUCGGAUAAAAUAUAUUUCAGUGCGUGUGUUUUUCGAAUUUCUAAACUGCCAAAGUUCCUAUUUUCCUGAAGAUAACUUUGCCUAAACUUCUAAUUCUCGGGAGUUUCGUACUGAGGUUGAGAUUGAGUCCUUACGGCAAUGCAGACUGCUGUGGUCUUAUCACUCCAAAUUAAACGCAUUUUGUUAAUGUAGAAAAAUAAUGUCGUGUAUUGACUUAAUGGCCAGGAAACUUGACAAUGUACAGACCUGUCCUUUAUUGAGUAUUCAGCUAUUAGCAGCAAGCAGUUUCUUUUAUUGCUACA